GAAGAAGAAUUGAAAGUCAAAAAGAAUUGGAUAAUGAUGAAAAUAAUGAUAACAAUAAUGGUGAGAAUGAUGAUAACAAUGAUGGUGAAAAUGAUGAUAAAAAUGAUAAUGAAAAUGAUAGUGAAAAUGAUAGUGAUGACAAUGGUAAAAACAAUAGGGAAAGGGAAGAAAAUAAAGGCAUUAAUGAAAAUAAAAGUG